AUGACGAGUGACAGUAUUUAUCUAAGUUUAGCCACCGUCCGGAAUGCCAAUAGAGUUUAUCGCUCACUGUAUCCAGAGAAUCAUCUUCCGGAAGAGCCAUUAUAUUUCAAUAAUGAACUAUCUGUCAAUGAAAAUCUAAAUCAUUUGUCAUUAAACGUAUUAAAGAAUCCACCCUUUGCAUACUAUUGUUACAAGCCGAUAUUCUUAGAACUUGUUGCCCGAUUGAUUCAAAAUACCUCCAUUUUUGAAAAAGAAUAUACAAAAAGCUUUCAAAGCAAUAAUGUCCAUGGGUGUAUCGUCUUGUCAAAACUUUCAUUAUUACUUGACAUUGCACCGGAAAUAUUGAACUUGUUUGAGCAUUUUUUACAAAACUUCAACCCAUGGUUAAAAAUCGAUGCCGCAGAAGCACUCGAAGUAGAGGCAAUACUCCUAGCAUACUAUCGCACGAUGCACUUCAAUUCAGAAAGAUUCCAACAGUACAUCAAUCCAGAAGUAAUAUACAAAAUUCUCGAAUCCAGUAGUCAAUCCAAAGUUGCCAAAUACUUGUGUGUCGAAAUUCUCACCAUUUAUCUUCUGGCGUCAGAACUGUCAAGGAAUGAAAUGUUGGAGAAAUACGCGAAUGGAGAUGAGCUCGUUUCCAAAUAUGGUUCGGGGUCACUCAAUUAUCGAUUUCUUACCUUAUCAGAAGCCAAAAGAAUAUCGAAUUUCAAGAGCUUACCACAUAUGGAAUUCCCACAUGAUAUGUUACCAGACUCCAUCUUUAUUUCCCCAACAGAGUUGUCGUCAACGCUUUUAGUUUCAGUAUGUGGAGUCUUGGUACCGAGAUUAGCAAAAGGUGCUUCUUUUGAAACAAACCGAACUGAUUUUGUUCCCACCAAAACAUCUGUCCAAGCCCUUAGGACUUUGGCCGUUGACAUCCAACUAAACCAGCCAGUGAUGCUCGUGGGAGAUUCUGGGUCGGGUAAAACCUUUCUAAUCAACAAAUUGGCUGCUGAUUUGCAUUGUUCUGACUCCAUUGUCAAGAUCCAUUUGGGAGAACAAACCGACGCCAAGCUAUUACUUGGUACCUACACCUCGGGUGAAAAACCAGGAACUUUCCAAUGGAAUACGGGUGUGUUGACCUCCGCAGUCCAGGAAGGAAAAUGGGUAUUAAUUGAGGAUAUUGAUCAAGCACCAACAGAAAUUCUUUCUAUAUUGUUGACGUUGUUGGAAAAGAGAACGCUUAGUAUACCAUCUCGUGGUGAGGUGAUCAAAGCCAAGAAUGGGUUUCAAUUGUUCUCAACUAUAAGGCUGAAAGAUAAGAAUAGAGUGGUUCCAGAUCUCAUUGGGGCAAGAUUUUGGAAAGUUGUCAACUUGGAAACCCCUUCUUCGGAAGAAUUGAAUACAAUCCUAUGCGCCAAAUUUCCAAUUCUUGCAAAGUUCAUUGAUCAAAUUAUGAACUGUUAUUUCGAGGUUUUGCGGUUCUACAACCAAAAGGCUUUUGUUUCGCUAAACAAAGGAAGUUUACCAAGAAUAAUUUCUACCAAAGAUUUGAUUAAAUUUUGCGCCAGAGUUAAUAGAUUGCUCAUAUUAGAGGGAGUUACACAACCCGAUCAAUCAUUGGAGACAUCUGUAUAUGACAACAUCUUUGCAGAAGCCGUGUCUUGCUUUGGAAGUGCAAUUGUUGAACCCCAAGCUUUGGAAUUCUUGACCAAAUUUAUAGGGGAAAGUUUUGAAGUGCCACAACUGAGAAUAAACCAUUUUGUAUCAAAACACACGCCAUUGUUCCAAGCCGAUACAAACGUUGUGAAAAUAGGAAGGGCAACUUUGAAAUCUGGUGGCAAAAAGUCGGACUCGUCAUCCUUUGCCAGAACCAAUCACGCCCUUCACUUAAUGGAACAGAUCGGUGUUGGAUUAAGCAUGACCGAGCCAAUAUUACUCGUGGGAGAAACUGGUACUGGUAAAACCACAAUUGUCCAGCACGUUGCAAAACUCUUGGGCAAAAAAUUAACUGUGAUUAAUGUUUCUCAACAAACAGAAUCUGGUGAUUUAUUGGGUGGUUAUAAGCCUGUAAAUACCAAACUCAUUGCCGUUGGUGUUCAAGAAUAUUUCGAGCCUUUGUUUUUGGCAACGUUUUCAGAAAAGAAAAAUGAAAGGUUCAACAAAGUUUUGUUGCGGUGUUUCAAUAGUGGGCAGUGGAGAAAUGUGUUGAAAUUGUGGACAGAAGCAUAUAAACUGGCUGUAGAUGUGCUUUCUAAGAAGGAACCCCAAGAAGAUAUUGAUGGUGCUCCAAGAAAAAAGAGAAAAUUUAAGGCAGUGGAUCCAGAUUUUCUUUUGCAAAAAUGGACUAUCUUCAACCAGAUGUUGAAGGAUUUCGAAGUCACUGCAUCGACAACUGAUCAUUCAUUUGUGUUCAACUUUGUUGAAGGUUCUUUGGUGAAAGCAAUCAAGAAUGGCGACUGGCUCUUGCUUGAUGAGAUCAAUUUGGCAAGCUCAGACACUUUGGAGAGUAUUGCUGAUUUAUUGAACGAUUCCUCGGAGCAGAGAUCCAUUUUAUUGUCAGAAAGAGGUGAUACGGAUCCUAUAAAAGUUCAUCCUGAUUUCAGACUUUUUGGGUGUAUGAACCCUUCCACUGAUGUCGGAAAAAGAGACCUUCCCGUAAGCAUUAGGUCCAAGUUUACAGAAAUUUAUGUUCAUUCUCCUGACAGAGACUACCAAGAUCUUUUGAGGAUUAUCGACAAGUACAUCGGGCGGUACUCAGUUGGAGAUGAUAUAGUGAUCAACGAUAUUGCAGAGCUAUAUUUGAAGGCGAAAUCUUUGUCUGAGCAGAACAAGAUUGUUGAUGGUGCAAAUCAAAGACCGCACUUUAGUAUUCGUACGUUGACGAGAACUUUGGUUUAUGUUACUGAUAUAGUUCCAAUUUAUGGUCUCAGAAGGUCCUUGUAUGAAGGUUUCUGCAUGACGUUUUUGACAUUAUUGGAUGCUGAUUCAGAAAACCUACUCAAACCAGAAAUCGUUAAUUACACAGUUGGGAAAUUGAAGAAUAUGAAUUCCGUCAUGAGUCAAAUUCCACCUCCGCCCCCUCAUGAUGCGGGGAGCUUUGUCCAAUUCAAACACUACUGGAUGAAACACGGUCCCAAUGACGUUGUCCCUCAACCCAACUACAUCAUAACUCCAUUUGUGGAAAAGAACUUAAUGAACUUGGUAAGGGCUACCGCUGGUCGAAGAUUUCCGGUGUUGAUUCAAGGUCCUACAUCCGCUGGUAAAACUUCAAUGAUUAAUUACUUGGCAAACAUAACCGGUCACAAAUUUGUUCGUAUCAACAACCACGAGCAUACUGAUCUUCAAGAGUAUUUGGGUACUUAUGUCAGUAACUCUAAAGGACAAUUGGUUUUCCAGGAGGGUAUCUUGGUCGAAGCUUUGCGCAGAGGUUAUUGGAUAGUUUUGGAUGAGUUGAAUCUCGCUCCAACUGAUGUGUUGGAAGCUUUGAAUAGAUUGCUAGAUGACAACCGUGAGUUAUUUAUUCCGGAAACCCAGGAGGUUGUAAAACCACAUCCAGAUUUUAUGCUAUUUGCUACGCAAAACCCACCAGGUUUGUAUGGUGGUAGAAAAGUCCUUUCGCGUGCAUUUCGUAAUAGAUUUUUGGAACUUCAUUUUGACGACAUUCCACAAGACGAAUUGGAGAUUAUCUUGCAACAGAGGUGCCAGAUUGCUCCAACCUAUGCCAAAAGAAUUGUCGACGUUUACAAGCAAUUAACCGUACAACGUCAAUCCACUAGAUUGUUUGAGCAAAAAAACUCAUUUGCAACGUUGAGGGAUUUGUUUCGUUGGGCACAAAGGGAAGCUGUUGGGUACGAAGAGUUGGCCAUAAAUGGUUACAUGCUUUUGGCAGAGCGGGUCCGUAAGCAUGAGGAGAAGAAAGUUGUCAAAGAAGCCAUAGAGAAAGUUAUGAAAGUCAAAUUGGACAUGGAAGCUUAUUAUGAUAACUUUGACCUCGAGAGUUUGACUGGUCAAGAAACAGGUGUCGUUUGGACCAGAGCCAUGCGCCGUUUAGCGAUAUUGGUUCUCGCCUCGGUCAAGUAUAAUGAACCGUUGCUAUUGGUUGGAGAGACUGGUUGCGGUAAGACCACCAUCUGUCAAAUAAUUGCCAACUACUUCUCCAAGGAAUUGAUUGUGGUCAAUGCCCACCAAAACACUGAAACUGGUGAUUUACUAGGAAGUCAAAGGCCAGUCAGAAACAAGAGCAGUAUACAGCACGAUUUAAGAAGAAAUCUUGUCAAUUUUUUAACCGAGAGUGGCAACGAAGAAGGUUUGGCUAACUGGACGCUUGCAGAGUUGAUACAAGCUUACAAGGAAAAGACAAGCAAUUCCGAAGUUGAAAGUUCGGCAAUCAUCGAAGAGCAAAUCAACUUGAAUUCGAUUUUGUUUGCAUGGAAUGAUGGACCGUUGGUCACGGCGAUGAAGACUGGUAAUUAUUUUCUUCUCGAUGAAAUUUCAUUAGCUGACGAUUCCGUAUUGGAGAGGUUGAAUUCAGUUCUUGAACCCGAACGAAGUUUAUUGCUUGCUGAAAAAGGGUCACAUGAUGCUCACGUGAUUGCUGCUAACGAUUUCAAAUUUUUUGCCACUAUGAAUCCUGGUGGUGAUUACGGAAAGAAGGAGUUGUCACCUGCUUUGAGGAAUAGAUUCACUGAGCUUUGGGUGCCAUCCAUGGAGGAUUUUCAAGAUGUUUUCAAGAUUGUGCAAUCUAGGCUUCAAGUGAAAGAGCUUGCAAAUGCAAUUGUGAAAUUUUCCGAGUGGUAUGCCAUGGAAUUUGGAGGUGGAAGCACAGUGAGUGGUGUCAUUUCCAUUAGAGAUAUCUUGGCAUGGGUUGACUUUAUUAAUACAUCACACGGGUAUUUGGGCGCCCCGGCCGCGUUAUUGAACGGUGCGGCUAUGGUAUUCAUUGAUGCAUUGGGAACCAACAACACCGCCUACUUGGCUGAAAAUUCUGAAACUCUUGACAUAAUGAAGCAAAAGUGUGUUGAAGUGUUGUCAAAGUUUUUAAAUGUUGAGCUUUCUGGGUUCAUCACUCAGAAAAUCGAAGUUACGGUGACUCAAGAUUCGUUCAAUGCAGGGUUGUUUCAUAUCCCCAGAGUGAUCACCAAUGAAAAGUUCCAUUCCUUCAGUUUAGAUGCACCAACUACAGCAACAAAUGCCAUGAAGGUUACCAGAGCUAUGCAAGUUAAUAAACCGAUCUUGUUGGAAGGUAGUCCUGGAGUUGGUAAAACCAGUUUGAUUACGGCAAUGGCGAGUGCAACUGGAAACACCCUCAUUCGUAUCAAUCUAUCAGAGCAAACAGACUUGGUUGAUUUGUUUGGGUCCGAUGCACCUGCAGAAAAUGGUAAAGCUGGAGAGUUUGCUUGGAGGGACGCGCCAUUUUUACGUGCCAUGCAACGAGGCGAAUGGAUUUUACUUGACGAAAUGAACUUGGCCUCACAAUCCGUUCUUGAAGGUUUAAACGCUUGUUUGGAUCACAGAGGUGAAGCUUAUAUUCCAGAAUUGGGCAAAUCUUUUAAAAAGCAUCCCGAUUUCAAAAUCUUCGCAGCACAAAAUCCUCAGUAUCAAGGUGGUGGCAGAAAGGGAUUACCCAAGUCAUUUGUGAAUAGAUUCAGCGUCGUUUAUGUGGAUACUUUGAAAGCUGAGGAUCUCAAUUUCAUUUUACUGCAUGUUUAUCCACUGGUGGAUUCCGCUCUGUCGUUAAAAUUGAUUGAGUUUAUGUCUUCUAUUGAAGAUGAAGUGGUUGUGAAGAAACUAUGGGGUCACUCUGGAAGUCCAUGGGAGUUUAACCUACGUGACUCUUUGAGAUGGUUGGGAUUAUAUACGGCAAAGAAUUUGCAAGUUGACACACAAAUUGAUGACUUUAUUAAUAUGAUUAUUUGCCAAAGAUUUAGAAAUUUUGGAGACCGCACUCGGGCUGAACAGCUAUUUGUAAGGUCAUUUGGCUCAUUUGCAAAGAGAGACAAUUAUUUCAAUAAAGCUCCGUCUUUUAUUCAAGCAGGCUCAGCUUUGGUGACAAGAAACAAUUUGAUGCAGUACAACAAUGGUGAUAAUCUUUUGCCCUUGCAGUGCAAUUUUGGUAUCAUGGAAACAGCAUUGCGUUGUGUCACGUACAAUAUGCCGAUGAUAUUGACUGGGCCCACUAGUUCCGGAAAGACGUGUUUGAUCCGUUACUUGGCUAAUAUUUUAGGAGCCAAAUUGGACGAAUUUUCCAUGAAUAGUGAUGUGGACUCUAUGGAUAUUCUUGGUGGAUAUGAACAAUCGGACUUGUCAAGAGCACUUCACAAAUUUUUGAAUCACCUUUAUGUCGUUUUAAGUGAACUUGUGGUCUCAAAAGUAAGGUCAGAUACUUUGGACAUUUCCCAAGCUUUGAAUGUUAUUGAUAGAAUCUCGUCCGGUACUGUCACCACAGAUAACUACAGCCACUUUCAUAAACUCUUGCUUACCAUUUCCGGGCUUUUCGAGUCAGAUAUUCUUUCCACUUCAGAAUCAUUGCUUUCGAAACUUUCACAACCAAGCUCAUUAAAGUUUGAGUGGUUCGAUGGUCUACUUGUGCAAGCGGUGGAGGAAGGACGAUGGUUGGUGCUUGAUAAUGCCAAUUUGUGCCCCCCAUCCGUCUUGGAUAGAUUGAAUUCAUUAUUAGAAACUAAUGGGACAUUGAUCGUGAAUGAAUGUACCCUUGCAAAUGGUGAGCCAAGAGUGAUCAAGCCUCAUCCUAACUUUAAACUAUUCUUGACGGUGGAUCCCAAGUAUGGAGAACUUUCGAGAGCCAUGAGAAAUAGAGGUGUGGAAGUUUAUAUGGAUGCGCUCGGAGCACGUGCCACUUUGUUUGAUCGAAAGGUGUUAGGUAUUGAUGAUAUAGAUGAGCUUCUGUCUGAUAAUCACGUGCCAACAGCCAUUUAUGGAUACGACAGGUGUACAGAGAUGGGCAAUUUCAGCCUUGUCGAAGAUACCCUACAAAAUGGGGCAUCGUAUAUUACCUCAAUCUGGAGUAUUAUCCCUUUUUCCUCAUUAGGUUUGCUUCAAAAAUGGAAGGAUUUUGUUUGCAUAUCACCUGAGUUUAGUGUAAACAGCAAGAAAGUUGCACAACUGGUACUUGACAACUUUGCACUUUUCCACCAGUUUGGGUUGGAAGGGGCCGCUUUUGACUUGUACGAAUCUGCAAGCAAAAUCGCAGGCGACAUUUUGGGUGGAGAAAUGGGUUUUGGUGUCCAUCAAGCAAUUCAUCCAUUGAUCAACAUUACAUUAAUAUCAUCGCUUGUCCCUGGUCAUGCACUUCUUGCAUCUAGUGAGUCGACGAUGUUGUUUGAAGCAGUGAAUGAGGUUAGAAAGAUUGGUUCGCUGUUGAAAAGUGUUGAAUUGGAUGCCAUGAACAAGAAGAUAGGUGAGCUAACAUAUCUUGAAAGGUCGGCGGCAGUUUAUCGUGGAAGAGACUUGAAAUUCAAACCAAGACUUGGGGUGUAUCAACUCCUUCAAGGAUUGUUUGCUUUUGUCGUACAGGUUCUCUCAAGCGAUCACUCUCAUAUGUUUUCCUUGAGCGUGUUCAAUUCUGUUUUUGAUUUGCUUGUUAUAUCCAAAGCCUUACUUGAAACAUCUAAGGAACAAAAUGAAUCGAAAAUCAGAGUUUAUCAAGAACUACUUAAAAGAUGGUGCGAAAGUAAUUCCGAUGUAGUGCAUGCGGAUGGUGGCGUCCUAGAAUCCUCAAUGGCUUUGCUUGAUACUGGAUUGGAGUUGUCAUCUGGAUUGUCAAUGGAUUUGAUUUGGGAAAAUUUUAGAGGAAAAUACCCACUGUCUUUGAAAGGGUGGGAGUAUUUGAAAACUGUUUACGGAGUUAUGAAUGAUCUCGAUUAUGUGUCCAAAAGGCAGUCCAUUAGUGCCUCCACUAUUAUACAAGAUCUCGUCGUGGCUUUCUCGCAAUUAUACACUGCGAUUGUCCUGAAUGAGUACAAAGAGGAUGAUUUGAAUUUGGUCUUGUCAAAAGUGUGCGCAACAUUGAAUGACCUUAAAUCUAACGUCUCCCUUGAUAUACAUCGUCAGAACAACUUUGAAUUGGAAUUCACCUACGUAUGUGACUUUUCAGAAAGUAUGGGUGAUAACCAAAAAUUGAAGGAAUUGUACAUGUUUUCAGAAAGGUCGUUGAAAUCAAUUGUGCUAGGUGAAAGUAUAUGUCCUUUUCCCUCCAUACUUGAAGAUUUGUGGAGCAAGAGCGAACCAGUUGAAUCAAGAAUUUCAGCAUUGUUUUCAAGCAAUUUGCUUGCCACUACAUUAGGAAAGAUAACUAAUUUACACGCGACAGCAGCUAGUCACGUUGAUGAAACAAUACAAGAUUUGAAGCUCCUAAUCGGAUCGUUGAUUGAAACAUCAAAUCACUUAUUGUCAGAUCAGAGAGUUGUUUUUACCGGUAAAUUGAGAGCGUGGUUGAAGCAUACAUGGUUGUCGCAUGGGUUAAUGUGGGGAGAAAAUGAAGUCAAAGAACUUACCAAGUUGGAUUCCAAGGUUGCACAUGUGUUUAAGCAAUUUUUAGUUCCAGUGUUUACCUUGCUCAAACUGAAUUGCUUAACCGAUUUGGGAAAAGCGUGGAUCUUGUUUGCAGUUGGACUCAUACAGUUGUAUUUGCCUAAUGUGCCGAAAGACCCAGCCAUUAGAGAGUAUGUCAUUUCGAAGGUUUAUUCAGCUCGCAUGUCGCAUCUCGCUGGUCUUCGAGAUUCUUGGAAACAUUCGAGAGAGGUUAUGAGCGGAGAUGAACCAAUAUAUUUGGAGUCGACAUUGAAGGAUCUAACGGAUUCAACUGAGCCUGAAACUCCAAAAGUGUACCGAGGAACAGAUUCAAUUGAUGGUUUGAUUGACGAAUGGAAUGCCAUGUUGGAUUCGAGUCUCAAUUUCGAGACCAUUUGCAAAUUGUUGAGUGACAUUGAGCAAGGCUCUCCCUCGGCAAAGGGGAAGUUAAACCUCCUUCAGAACAAUCUUUCCAAGUUUGCACAACGAAUAAAACUGAAUUUUCUUGAAUACUCCGACUUGAAUGAUAUACUACUUGGGUACAUAUAUGCGUUGCAAUUUGGUUUCGAAUUGGUUAUGUUUGAGAAUGAGAAACGCUUACAGGAGAAAUUUUCUAAAGAUUGGUUGAUAAACACCGUUGAAAUUUUGACGCCUACAAGAGUGGAAUCUGAGUUUGCCAAUGCACAGGAAUUUACAAAGACGUUGACAGUGGAUGAUCCAAGGGCUGAUGAAAUUAUGUCAUUUUUCAUGACUCUUGGCUUUGAAGAAGGAGAAAUUCACGAAAUCGAUAUUGUUGGAAAAGCCAUCAAGAUUUUGUAUUAUAGAUGGUCACUUCGCAAGAUGCGAGAGGAUCAAAUGGAAGCACAAAAGGAAAGCAUGUUCAAAUACAAAGAUGAGGAGGAUCAUGUUGAGGAUGACUUUCAAAAAUUGUUUCCUGAUUUUGAUGAAGUGGUAGAUUUGAAGGACACUGGUAUGAGCAAAAAUGAAGGUUUUGAGGAAAUUCACCGUGAUAUUGCUGUUUCUUAUAUUAACAACUACGUGUAUGGUGUGCAACUUGGAGCUGAUGCUUUGCUGAAGAGAGGUUGCGCAUUGUUUGAUAAAUUGACGACAUCAAGUUUGAAAACAGAAACGAAUAAUUCGUCUUCUUUAUCGACAAUUAUAAGUUCAGCCUAUUCCGUUAGCGAAAAUUUGUCUCAGGCAAACCAAUGCUUCCACUUUUAUAAAGAUUGCAACCCAAGUGAAGUACGGAAGGCAGUAAAGAUCAUUGCAAGUGUACACUCGUUCACCAAAAAGAUGCUUGAGCAAUGGCCAGAACAUGCUACUUUAAGAAACAUUGCCUUUGCCACUACCGAGUUCAUGGCAUUCCCAAUAGGUUUACCCUUGGGUAGAUUUUUGCUGAAGUUGGAACAGAUUUACACCUACAUUGCAGAAUGGCAAAAGUACUCAUCAAGCCAAACUUCACUAGCAACUAAAUACAUGCAAUUGACUGAAUUGAUGGUUUCAUGGAGAAAGUUGGAGUUGUCAACUUGGAAGAGUUUGUUUGAUCAUGAAGAGGCAUCGUGUGGUGAAAAGAUUGGAUUAUGGUGGUUCCAUCUACUUGAAGUUAUUAUGAUUCCAAUUUUGGACAAUAGAGAGGAUGAAGACCAAGUGGUGAAUAUUUUGUCAGCUUUAAAUGUUUUCAUGAGCAAAGUUUCCUACGGAGAAUUCACUUUUAGGUUGAAUUUAUUGAAAGCAUUCAAGAAUCAUGGAUCACAAAUACACAAGUCACAUCCAAUUGUCAUGGCGUUGGACAAUUUCAUAAAAUUCUACUCUCAAUUCGAACCAAUCAUAGAGGAGGACAUGACAGCAAAGAGAGCAAAAUUGCAAAAAGAUAUUGAUGAGGUUAUUCUCUUGGCAAGUUGGAAGGAUGUCAAUAUUGAUGCUUUGAAGCAAAGUGCCAAAAAGUCUCACAAUAGUCUAUACAAGAUUGUGCGGAAGUAUCGUGAUGUGUUGAGCACCCCAGUUCAACCAAUAAUAGAACAAGGCUUAUCGCAGCCUAUGAAAGACAUUGAGAAAUUGAAACUUCCGGUAAUUGUACCAUUCAACUUUGAAGGCAACUAUGGCAUGCUUUCCUCCAUCACCACAUGGAACCAAAGACCACUGAGAUUGCAAGACAUCUCCAUAAUCAAAAAGAACUUCAAAGUCUAUUUGGAUGGCGUUAAAAGUGAAGAAUUGCCCCAGUUGUUGGAUUUCGCUGAGGAAACGGCUCGCGCUGCUGAUACACUUCGAAGUGAGACGCCAAGGGUGUUGAAUGAGGGAAACAAGAAGUCGGUUGCAGCAUUGAAGACGCAAAAGCUGAAGUUGCUUAGUGAUACUAUUCGUGAAGUUAGACAGUCUGGCUUGAAGACAAGUAUGAGAGCGGAUAUACUUGCAACCCAGAAAUCAGUGAACUUGAUUAUUGCAAACUCAAGUAUCUUUGGUGGGUUUUUGGAAGGAUGCGACAGCAUUUAUUUCAGAAUCUUGGAUUUGUUGCCCCGAUUAAGAGCUGCUGUUGGCUCUCCGUGUGAGGAUGUUGCGGUGGCAGACCUCGAAAAGGGAUUAUCAGCAGCUGAGAAUUUAAUACAUUGGUUGAUUGUUAAACGUUCACCACUUGCCAAAUUCAAUGAUGAAUAUCAAAUGUUGCAGGGGUAUUCAGGUGAUAUGUUGACUUUAGCUAAGAUGGAUAAUGAGAAACUAAUCUCAACUGAAUUCUACAAAAGUUCUGUCAAAAAUGUUAGAAUUAGGAGAAAGUGGUUGCCCAAAUUGUUGGAUUAUGCCAUCAGCACCUGUAAUGCUAUUGGCAAAUUCACCUCCACCAUUGCCACUAGCACUUUUGAAGAAUUAAAGAGAGAAUUGGAGACGUAUCCGCCCUUUGAGUCAGAGUCAUUGGUCUACAGUACGUCGAAUGAAAAAACCUUGCAAGAGUAUGAUGAAUUUGAACUUCGUUUGAGAAAUGCGUUGGACGUAUGGAAAAGAGAGAACUCAAAUGUACAAUUCGUUGCUGAUAUUGUCUUGAAUUGGUUGAAUGGAAAUGUCACACUCUCUGAGAUUGGCAGCGAUACACCCGGUACAUCAUCAAUCGAGGAUUGUGAAGUGGAGUUUAGAAAAUUGUCGUCAAUGAUCCUUGUUGCUGUUCAGAAGAUUACCGAAUGUUGCAAGACAGUGGUAGAAACUGACGAAAAGGGUUGGUUAGUUCAAGCGCAGGCGAAAGUGUCUGAAUAUAUAAAACUCACGCAUAUCAAGGCGAUUACGGCAAAAUUAAAGAGAUGCAUUGAAAUGUGUACCAUGACCGUUGAUCAAUCUCCAUUGAUUGCUUCGUUGGCUGCAUUCACCUUCCCAUUGGUUGAAAACUAUUUUCAAUUGUGCUCAAUUGUGUUUGAUAAAGCUAGGACCAACUACAAAAACUUGUCCAAAGCUACAUUCAUUUUUUCAACAUUACUUUACUCGUUAGCCACCAAGGGAUUCUGUUCCCCAGAGUCGCCACAAGAACAAAAGGAUGACAACAACUUGCAUGAUGGAACUGGGUUGGGUGAUGGUGAAGGUGCUCAGAAUAACAAUGAUGAUGUCGAAGAAGAUGAUGAUUUAACUGAAAAUGCACAAAAUCCCAACGAUGAACAAAAGAAUGAUGAGGAGCAAGACGAGAAGGAUGAUGCGGUGGAGAUGGAAGGCGAUAUGGCUGGUGAACUAGAGGAUUUGUCUGAUCAGGAUAAAGAUGAUGAAGGUGAAGGUGAUGAUGAAGAUGAAGAAGAUCUUGAUGAAGAAGUCGAUGACUUGGAUGAGUUAGAUCCAAAUAAUGUUGAUGAAAAAAUGUGGGACGAGGAGGCCAAGGAUGAGAAAGAGAAGGAAUCGGAUAAGAUGCCAGAAAACUCAAGCAAUGACAAUGAAAUGGAAGCAAGAGAGGAUGAUGAACAAGGAGAGGCUAAGGAGGACCAAAAGCCAAAAGAUGAUGGUGAGGCUAAAGAGGAUGAUGAAGGCGAACAGGAGGAGGAUGAAGAUGUCGGCGAACAGGAGGAUAAAGUUGACAACCAAGAAGGUGAUCAAUUGGAGGAUAACGUACCGGAAUCGGAAGCAUUGGAGCUCCCUGAUGAUAUCAAUAUUGAUGGUGAUGAUGACGAGGCUCAAGAAGAAAGUGAGGAUGAAUUGGAAGAUGAGCGUGAUGAUGAGUUGAAUGAAGAUACACAAAUCAAGGAUGAAAUGCAAGUUGAAGAGGAUGUAAGCAAGGACGAAGUUGACGAAGAAAAUGAAACUGCAGAGAACCCAGAGGAUGAUGAAGAAGACAACCAACGCUCUGAGAGCGAGGAGAACGAGAACGAGGUUGAAGAAGAAGCUGGUGCUGAACUUGAGGACAAGAUUGAUGAAGAAAUGGAAGAUCAAGAGCGCGACAAGAGUGAAGAUAAAAAUGAAAGUGGCAAAGAACCCAAUGAAGACUCAAACGCGAUAGACGGUGCUGAUGGGUCGGCUGACAUGGACAAUGAAGAGGAUGUGGAUAUGGAUGCAGCAACAGAACAGCAAGCAGGCAAAUCCGGAGAUGGAGCAGAAAACGAACCCAACAAUGAUGAACAAGGUGAAACCCUUGCUGGGAACGACAAUUCAGCAGCAGAAGAAAAGAAUGAAAUGACAAUUGAAGAUGAAGUACAUGACAAAGCCAACGAGUCUCUUAAACAAAUUGGUGAUUCCUUAAAAGAAUUUCAUCGUCGAAGGCAAGACAUUCUUGAAGCUGAAGAAGACAAUGAUGAGACGAAUGAGCAAUCUGCGAAUCAAAACAUGAAUGAGUUUCAACACAAUCCAGACACAAAUGCUGAUGACUUGCAGGCACUUGGAGCUGCCAACAAAGACCAAAUUCACUCCAUUGAUGAGGAUAUGGCAAUUGAUGAUGAAGAAAAGGAGGAAGCGCCUAGUAAAGAAGCUGAAGAUGCAAACAAUCCUGAAGCACCUGAGAUGGAUGACAAUGAAGAAGUGGAAGAGGGUGGUGACGAUAAUGGUGCUGCUGCACAAAUGGCGGUUGAAGAUGCAGCAAUCAUUGAUGAGAAGGAUCAACUGAUAAGCAAGCCAACUAUGGAAUUCGAUGAUGACGAUGAAGAGGAAGAAGAAAUUGAAGAAAUGAUUGAAAAAUACGCCAUUACUGAUGAUGAACCUCCAUUGUCGUUAGAAGAGGCACGGAAGUUGUGGAAAGAGAGUGAAUUGGCAACACAAGAGUUGGCUUCUGGCCUUUGUGAGCAAUUGAGGUUGAUUUUGGAACCCACCUUGAGUACCAAGUUACGUGGUGACUACAAGACUGGUAAAAGAUUGAAUAUGAAACGAAUUAUUCCUUAUAUUGCAUCUGAUUUCAAAAAGGACAAGAUUUGGUUGAGAAGAACCAAGCCUUCCAAGCGUGAGUAUCAAAUCAUGAUUGCUGUUGACGAUUCCAAAUCAAUGACUGAAAGUAACUCAUCAAAAUUGGCACUCAACAGUAUUGCUUUGGUAUCCAAGGCAUUGAGUCAGUUGGAAAGCGGUGGAUUGUCCAUUGUUCGAUUCGGAGAAGAUGUGAAAAUUGUGCAUCCAUUUGAUAAGCCAUUUAAUGCCAAUAACGAAACUGGUGCCAGAAUCUUCCAGUGGUUUGAUUUUCAACAAUCACGAACAGAUAUCAAGGCAUUGUGUAAUGAAUCGUUGAAGAUAUUUGAGGAUGAGAAGUUUGAAAACAAAGCUGAUUUGUGGCAGUUGCAAAUCAUAAUCAGUGAUGGUGUUUGUGAAAGUCAUGAGAAUAUUAUGCGCAUGGUGAGAAAGGCAAGAGAUGAAAAGAUUAUGAUGGUGUUUGUUGUUAUUGAUGGAAUCAAUCUGAAGGAAUCAAUUAUGGAUAUGCAACAGGUGAGAUACGAGACUGAUGAAAAUACUGGUGAAUUGGUUUUGAAGGUGGACAAGUAUCUUGAUAGUUUCCCAUUUGAGUUUUAUGUCAUUGUUAAGGAUAUCAAUGAGUUACCAGAAAUGCUAUCAACUAUUCUUCGUCAAUACUUUACCGAGAUAUCUACAGUAUAG